GAGCAAGCAAAGUUUGAGCUCGAGCACUAAGUUGUGAACUGGCUGCAAACUUUUGGUUGUGUUGUGAUUUUUUUUAAAGUAAGAGAUUUUUUCCUCGCUAUAAAAUUAUUGCAGUUGGAGUUUGGCGGCGGGACCCAUGUCGAGUUGAAAACUUGUUGCCAAUCGCUUGAUUUAGCGGAGACUUUUUUCCAAACAAGUAUUUUUAUUAGUUUUUGUGUGUGAGGGGGAAUUGGAGAAGUUUGCAGAUGGAUUCGAAUCAGCAGCCACCAGCUCAGCCUCAGUCAGCGCUGCCUCGGGCUGGUCACCAGAUCGUGCAUGUUCGGGGGGACUCGGAGACCGACCUGGAGGCUCUCUUCAAUGCCGUCAUGAACCCCAAGAACUCGAACGUGCCGCAGUCUGUCCCCAUGCGGCUCCGCAAACUGCCCGACUCGUUCUUCAAGCAGCCUGAGCCCAAGAGCCACUCCCGCCAGGCCAGCACGGACGGGGGGAAUGCACAGCCGUCUCCGCCGCUGCAAGCUCAGCAUGUGCGGGCUCACUCUUCGCCGGCCUCCCUGCUCAGCGCCGCCGCUGCCGCCGCCGCCGCGGCCGCUUCUUCCUCGUCCGCCCCCUCGACAGGCUCGGCCGGAGCCGGGGUUACUCAGGGAAGCGGCACGGGUCUGGGCGCAGCCCCCGGUCCCGGCUCCUCUCCUCACCUUCGGCAGUCCUCAUACGAGUUUCCUGACGACGUACCUUUACCACCCGGCUGGGAAAUGGCCAAAACCCCAUCGGGCCAGAGAUACUACUUAAAUCACAUUGAACAGACGACAACAUGGCAAGAUCCAAGGAAACCCAUGUCUGUGUUAAAUUCAACAACUCCUGCCAGCCCAGUGUCUCUGCAGCAGAACUUAAUGAACACAACGUCUUCAGGCCCACUUCCCGAUGGCUGGGAGCAAGGCAUUACCCCAGAUGGGGAGAUUUACUACAUAAACCACAAAAACAAGACCACCUCUUGGUUGGACCCAAGGCUUGAUCCUCGCUAUGCAAUGGACCAACAAAGACUGACUCAAAGUGCUCCUGUCAAGCCACCUCCAUCCAUAGGUCCUCAUAGUCCUCAUAGUCCACAAGGAGGGGCAAUAUCAGGCUCCAACACACAACAACAGAUGAGGCUCCAGCAACUCCAGUUUGAGAAAGAAAGACUUCGACUGAAACAUCAAGAGCUCCUACGACAGGAAAUGGCCUUGCGCAGUCAAUUACCAACAAUGGAACAAGAUGGCAGCCCUCAGAAUCCAGUUUCAUCAUCUGCAAUGUCCCAAGAUGUAAGGACAAUGACUACCAACAGUUCAGAUCCAUUCCUUAAUAGUGGAACAUACCAUUCCAGGGAGGAGAGUACAGACAGUGGACUCGGCAUGAGCAGCUACAGUGUACCCAGAACACCUGACGACUUUCUUAACAGCGUUGAGGAAAUGGACACAGGUGAAAACCUUGGCCCAAAUAAUAUUGCCUCUCAGCAAAACCGUUUUCCAGACUACUUGGAAACUAUCCCUGGUACUAAUGUGGACCUUGGAACACUGGAGGAAGACAGCAUGAAUGUAGAAGGAGAGGAGUUAAUGCCAAGCCUACAGGAGGCACUGAGCUCUGACAUUCUCAAUGACAUGGAGUCUGUCCUUGCUGCCACAAAGAUAGAUAAGGAGAGCUUCCUGACAUGGCUAUAGGGCCCUUGGUUCUAUCAGACUGCCUUUGAUUCUGUGAAGGAAAUGAAAACUUGAGACAUUUUUAUGACUUGUUUUGGACUUAACCGAAUUCUGUCUCUUUGAUGCAACAUUGGAUAAACUCUGAAUAUUUGAAAAGGAUUCUGCCAUUUAGUAUUUCACACAUCUCUGAAGUAGUGAUUAGUAAAAACUAUACAAUUUUGACCUGUUUUAAUUUGUUAGAAUACUGUCUUGCUGUAUCCCGUUUAAGUCUUUUCUGACCCAUUUCAUACGUUUGGAGCAAUACCUGUCAUUGAGUGUAAUCCUUUACUUGUAUGAAUUGUGCAGUUUUGCAGCAAUGAUUACGUUUUUUAACUUUCCCAACAUUUUUGAGGUUGAAAAAUCUCUGUUUUAAGCUAGUAUAUUAACUCUGAAGUAGGCUUUCACUGUGUUAUCAGAUUUACUUAACGGCUGCUGAGAUGUCAACAGAGAACCUGGUGCCAAUUAUAAGUGCCUUUGCCCAGCUCCUUUGAAACUCUGUUACAUCUUGUAUCCAAAUAUGCUGCCUAUCUGCGUCUUCCAUUUUUCAGUAUACACAGUAUCUAAUUUGCUUUUGCCUUUAAGCUAUUGAAACAUAAAUUUCAAACAAUUGUCCAAUUGAGUAUGGGAAUUGGGUGACUUCAAAGUGAACUCUCAGCUGUUAGUUUAAUUUGAUCUUAUUUAAAUAUGAAAGAUUUGUCAAUGCUUUUUAAUUACUUGUACAUGUUUUUACAGUAUAUUGGACAUGUACAUUUUCCUUUAAUGUCUUAUCAAAAUUAGUUUAGAUGAGCUUGAAAGUAGGUUUUUUCUUUUGCAAUUGAUCAAAAGGUUAUUUUUAAACCAAAAGACAUAAGACAUGACAAAUAAAGAGGUGCUGGUUAUAUACAUGCUUAAGGAAAAAGCCUUUGAAGUUGUUUUGUAGGUGGUAGAGUGGUUAAAUGGCCUGUUUAUGUUAUAUGUUAGAUGGCUAGCAGGACAGAUAGUGUCAAGAGUCCUAUAUACAGUAGUGAAUUUUAGGUGGAGGUUAAUAGUUAUAAGGACAUAUAUAUGUGUAUCAUAAAAUAUUAGAUUUAAGAAUUGUGACAAAUCAGCAGGAGCUUUGUGAUCAAAAAGAUCUCCAAAGAGUAUUCCUUUUUAUGCUGAAAUUCAUAAGCCUAUUUUUGCAACAUAAUUCAUUUUCUAAUGAGCUGCUGAAUAUAUUAUACCUUCUGAAAACCAUGUAUUUGGGUUUUUACUUGUAAAAAUAAUGUGGCGUGUGAAUUGAGUAUAUUUUUUAAAUAGGUACUGAUGGCAAACCCGGAAAACAUUUUAAAUUUCACUUACUAAAUCCUCUUGUUUUCCAAUUUCUUGUUCAAUCCUUGGAGAGUGCUGCUUUCAGAUUCUGUCCAGGUAAAGAAAAAUACAUGUAUUGUACAGCUGCGUCACUGUGGGUAGGCCACGAGCAUGUGGUUGUUUCUUGGGCUACGGUUUUUAAAAUUUCUUUUAUGUCAAGUCUUAGGCAGUGUAUUUAAUGAAAGUGCUACAUUCUAAAUCUUGUAGAUUGAGCUUGGGGUCUUCCUCUCCUGCCUGAGCUCCCAUUUGUCUUAGAGGAUUUUAAAAAUUGUACACAGGUCAACAAUGAUUUUGUAUGAAUUGUAUAAAUUUGAUGAUGCAUGUGCUAUGCAGCUUGUGCUCCAGAGCUGAGCAACAAGAGUGUAUACAAUCGGUUUGUGGUUGUGUACUCAUCUUUGUAACAGUAGUGCUAAUUUUGAGAAGCCAUGUAGAUUCUAAACUUCUCUUUUUAAAACCAAGUCCUAAACUAAGCAAGUCCCACAAUUUUCCACCUUUAAAAGGAAGAGGAUUCUGUUAGAUCAUCCUGAUUAAACUUAAUUACCUUUUUUGAAGUAAACCGUGAAAGAAACAUAAUCACUGCUUUGCAUGGUCAUGUACAGGUAGUUAUACUAAUGAGAGGAAAGGUUGUGUUUUUAAUUUCUAUGGGUUGGUGACCUAUAUGGUCCUUGCCUCCUACCAGUUUAACAAAUCAGUGUUGGAACUAAAACAAUGCAACAAAGUUUUAAAUUUACAAAACAUUUCCAAAUACUUAUCUAAGUGUAUAGUUUUUUUGUUUUUGCACAUGAAUAAUGAAAUCUUAGUGAUCAUGACCCUAAUAUCUUUAAAUAGCCAGAACGUAUGCUUGGCAUACAUUGAACACUGACAUUUGUCUUGUGACAGUUGUUAAACAUGUAAAAUUAUUUUAUAUUGAGUUCUGAUAAAUGCACACAUACUUCAAUAUAUAAUUCAGUACAUUAAUGUUGAUUUUCAGCUGUACCAGCAUGCCAGUAUAUAAAUACAUACAGUAAAUUCUGUUGCAUUUUAUUUCUGUAUGUAAUACUUUCCAAUGGUUCAUGAUGAUUCAUGUGGUAUAAAAUAUAUUCUUUGUGGUAAA